GAGCUGCCAGAAGGUCUUGGAGAGCACAGAAGCGGCGGUCCCCGCGCAGCCACAGCUCCAGAUGAACCGAGAGCAUUUGGCUUCUUCAGGGCUGGUAGUGAUGGAUCGUGAAGUCCAGUGAUGCCCACGCAGAUCCUCAGUCUGCAUUCCGUCUCCCCCACCGCCCCAGCUGACCCCAGCAGAAGCCCAGCGGAGGGGGAGGCAGCGCACCUCCCGAGAACGGCUAUGCAAAACCGUUGCGUCAGAUGGUGGGGCGGGGCGCACCCGGGUUGAGUGGCAGCAGCCUCUGAUAGGGAGGAGGCGCGAGAAUCAGCCUGGUUCAGUGACUGAGAAAAACUGGAGGUGAGCGGAACGGGUGCUGUCCACGCGCGGCCGGUGCUGAACCUGGGGCAUCAGCGGACCCGUGUUCCCAUACCUCGAGACAACGCCCUCUAGCACCCCCUGUGCCCUGACGACCCUCUUUACCUGCUGGACCCUAUCAACUUGACAAAGGAGUGUGGUUUCGGACGUGGGAAAGAGUCCUCUGCCGCCUGGGCGCCCAUUCAGGCGUGACUUCGGGAAUUUCUAUAGUUUCAGACCAAACUAUUUACAUCUUUUCCCAGCUAAGCUUAUCUUUUUAGGUUUUUUUAAAAUUUAUUAUUAUUUAUUAUUAUUAGUAGUAGUACUGUGAUUCACCAAUCCACACCGUUUAAGAAUCUUUCUGGGAGACUUUUUUGACUGUUGAAAUAAGGUGAAAAGGAUGUUUAAGUGCUGGUCAGCUGUGUUGUUUCUUGGAUUCAUUUUCCUGGAAUCAGAAGGAAGGCCAACCAAAGAAGCGGGAUAUGGCCUUAAAUCCUAUCAACCACUAAUAAGAUUACGGCACAAGCAGGAAAAAAGUCAAGAAAGUUCAAGAGUCAAAGGAUUCCUGAUUCAGAAUGGCCCUUUGGGAUCCUGUGAAAACAAAUACUGUGGUCUGGGGAGGCACUGUGUUCUCAACAGAGAGACAGGCCAGGCGGAAUGUGCCUGCGUGGACCUUUGCAGUCAGCACUACAAGCCCGUGUGUGGAUCUGAUGGAGGGUUCUAUGAAAACCACUGUGAGGUACAUCGAGCUGCUUGCCUGAAAAAACGCAAGAUUACCAUUGUUCACAAUGAGGACUGCUUCUUUCAAGGAGAUAACUGCAAGGCCACUGAAUACAGCAAGAUGAAAAGCAUGCUUUUAGAUUUACAAAAUCAAAAAUAUAUAACACACAACAAUGAAAACCCUAACGGUGAUGAUAUAUUUCGGAAGAAGUUGCUGGUGGAUGAACUGUUUAAAUAUUUUGAUGCUGACAGUAACGGACUUGUAGAUAUUAAUGAACUAACACAGGUGAUAAAACAGGAAGAACUUGACAAGGAUCUUUCUGGUUGUACAUUGUAUGAUCUACUGAAAUACGAUGAUUUUAACUCUGACAAGCACCUGGCUCUUGAAGAAUUUUAUAGAACAUUCCAGGUUAUUCAGCUGAGUCUGCCUGAAGAUCAGAAACUAAGCAUCACCGCGGCAACCGUGGGACAGAGUGCAGUUCUAAGCUGUGCUGUGCAGGGAGCACUCAGACCCCCCAUCAUCUGGAAGAGGAACAAUAUUAUUCUAAAUAACUUAGAGUUGGAGGACAUCAAUGACUUUGGAGAUGAUGGGUCUUUGUAUAUUACCAAGGUUACAACCACUCACAUGGGCAAUUACACCUGCUAUGCAGAUGGCUAUGAACACAUCUAUCAGACUCACAUCUUCCAAGUGAAUGUCCCUCCAGUAAUCCGGGUGUAUCCAGAAAGUCAGGCCAGAGAACCUGGGGUCACUGCAAGUCUCAGGUGCCAUGCAGAGGGCAUACCAAACCCUCAGCUUGGCUGGCUGAAGAAUGGAAUUGAUAUCACACCAAAGCUGUCCAAGCAACUCACGCUUCAAGCAAAUGGUAGUGAGGUUCAUAUCAGCAAUGUGCGCUAUGAAGAUACAGGAGCAUACACAUGUAUCGCAAAAAACGACGCAGGGGUGGAUGAAGACAUCUCUUCGCUUUUUGUGGAAGACUCUGCUAGAAAGACCCUAGCUAACAUAUUAUGGAGAGAAGAAGGUCUGGGGAUUGGGAACAUGUUCUACGUUUUUUAUGAAGACGGAAUCAAAGUGAUACAACCCAUAGAAUGUGAAUUUCAGAGGCACAUUAAGCCCAGUGAAAAGCUCCUUGGAUUUCAGGAUGAAGUCUGUCCAAAAACUGAAGGAGAUGAAGUACAGAGGUGUGUGUGGGCCUCAGCUGUCAAUGUCAAAGACAAGUUCAUUUAUGCAGCACAGCCAACUUUAGACAGAGUCCUUGUUGUUGAUGUGCAGUCUCAAAAAGUUGUUCAGGCAGUAAGCACGGACCCUGUCCCAGUGAAAUUACACUAUGACAAAUCCCAUGACCAGGUCUGGGUGCUCAGCUGGGGAACGAUGGCAAAGACUUCUCCAACACUGCAGGUAAUAACGCUGGCCAGCGGGAACGUGCCCCAUCACACCAUCCACACCCAGCCGGUGGGGAAGCAGUUUGACCGUGUGGAUGACUUCUUCAUUCCUGCUACCACACUCCUCAUCACCCACAUGAGGUUUGGAUUUAUCCUUCAUAAAGAUGAAGCUGCACUACAAAAAAUUGACCUUGAAACCAUGUCAUACAUCAAGACAAUCCACCUAAAGGACUAUAAGUGUGUUCCUCAGUCGCUGGCGUAUACCCACCUGGGAGGGUACUAUUUUAUUGGCUGCAAACCCGACAGCACUGGGGCGACUCCACCGCAGCUCCUGGUGGACAGUGUAACUGACUCCGUCAUUGGGUUCAACAGUGACGUGACGGGAACCCCGUACGUCUCUCCAGAUGGGCACUAUCUUGUCAGCAUCAAUGACGUGAAAGGUCUUGUGAGGGUCCAGUACAUCACCAUCAGAGGAGAAAUACAGGAGGCCUUUGAUAUUCACACAAACCUGCACAUCUCUGACCUGGCCUUUCAGUCAUCCUUUACAGAAGCCCACCAGUACAACAUCUAUGGGAGCUCCAGCACACAAACGGACGUGCUCUUUGCGGAGCUCGCCUCUGGGAAGGUUAAGAUGAUCAAGAGCCUUAAGGAACCGCUCAAGGCUGAAGAAUGGCCUUGGAGCCAGAAGAACAGACAGAUCCAGGACAGUGGCUUGUUCGGUCAAUACCUGAUGACCCCUUCCAAGGACUCUCUGUUCAUACUAGAUGGACGACUCAAUAAGUUAAACUGUGAGAUCACGGAAGUUGAGAAAGGAAAUACGGUCAUCUGGGUUGGAGAUGCCUAGGAGCGCUGUUAAAUAAUUACUGAAGAGCUUUCCAGUACACUGCACUUCAUCCAUUGUUUAAAUUUAUAGCUUAACUUUUCAAGUUUACAACCUAAUCAACAUAAGUUACUUAGUUGGCCCAAAUAAAAUAGAAAUCAUUUUUUGGGAAAGACAUACACAAGUAGUAAUAUUGGUUGUUAGAAGUAUUUAACACAAUAUUUAAUGAGAAACUACAUCAGUCACAAGAAUCAAACCUAUAGUUAUGUUUUACACUGAUAAAAUAGAAAUUUAAAUACUUAAAAAUAAAUCAACUGCAGGGAAUUUGAAAUGACUUUAAGCACCAUUUCAUUUUGAGGGUGAUGUAUCUAUUUUUAUCUCUGUCCUUUUGGUAUGCUUAAACCAGAAGUAAAAGAUGUUGUGAAAACUUAAAAUUCUUAAUUCAAAAUAUUCUGUCCCAUCCACUGUUUAUAAUCUUUUGUGCCUUGAAGGGAAUGUCACAAGAGGAAAAGGAAGGCUGAAAGCUUCAUAUUGAACACCCUCAUAACUAUAAAUUUCAUGUAAUUAAAAGAGAAAAUUUAACAUCUCUUGUACCAAAUCCAGCCUUCAGUUAUUUGUUUAACCCUCAAUAAAAUACCAUUUGAAGGCAUAAGUUGGCCUUAGGUUGUACACAGGUGACAAACUCUAUUUGACAUUCACUGUCUAAUCUGCAGCAUGCUAUGGAAAAUGGGGAGGAAAGGAGAAAAAAAUAUGGUAAAAUGUUUGCAAUGUAUUCUGGACUCAUUUUGCUUUCAAUCACUAGAGUGCGUUAUAUUUUUAAUGCAAGUUUGUGUGGGAUGUCAACUGCUUACAAAUGUCUAUUAUUAGUGCAAUAGAUUUGUUUCUUUUCAUGUAGUCCAGUGUUACAUCAGCAGGAAGUUUCAUUUCUGAAGAAGCAUUAUUUGUGUCUGCUUAGAGUAAACCACAUAUGGGGAAAUUAACAACAGGGAGAAAAACUGACUAGAGAACUGGUGAGUGUCAGUGGUUUAGGAGAAUUGGUAAUAGAAAUUGGGAACUAGGGAAUAGCUCCACAGUGGUGAGUAAAGAUGUACUUCUCCAUUUCCUUUGCUAUUUAAAUAUAGUCCAUCAAAAGACUUCAUUCAUUAAUAACUUUCCUAAAUGACUUCUGUUUAACUCCUACAUAAUCCUUAAAUGACUUUCUCACUAACUGUGUGCUGUAGUUUGCAACCUAACUAAUCCUCUUAUUCGAGCAACUACAUAGAAGUAAAAAUAAUGGCUUUUCUUUUUCAGGGAAAAAAAAAAAAGCCAGUAGAAGUGGAUUGAAACUAGAGAGUUGGCUUAUUGAAAUAAGGAGAUAAUUAUCCAGGCUUAAAGUAAUACCUUACAUGUUUUGAGAAUCAUUUUACUUAUUUUGGUUUUCUUGUUGCUAAAAAUGCUAAGGAGCUGUUGAAAUGACCUCCAUCUACUGAAGGUGAUCCAAUAAGGUCUUUUAUUAAAUACAAAUUUUACUCAAUUUUAAAUUGUGUAAAACUGCUUAGAAACCCAAAAUUUUAUAGUGUGUAAUAUCUUAUAUGUAUAUAGCAUCCUGAGCUGUGUGAUACAAUAGAUUUCUUCCUAGCUUAAGGAAACAUUAUGGGAGGUAGAUUUAAUAAAGAACAGAAAUCAGCUUAGGUUUCUACUUAUCUGCUUUCCUUUCUAGCAAUUUUCUCCCUUGUGACCAUGAACCACAUAAUGUAUCUGUGACCUAAUUAUUUAAUGUGAGUCUAUCUCAUACAUCCUUCUUUGGUCGUUUACACCAUGUAGAUGCUGUGUCUGUAGACUUUGCUUGACAAAAGGAGAAUAAACCUCUUACAUUUUAA